CCCUUAUUUUAGUUGUCUCACAACCCAACCCUGCAACCAAAACACUUCAUUUCCUUCCCUUCUGACUCCUUCCACACCUUUGGCUUUUCUUGCUCUUCCUCUUCUUCCAUCUAAGCUCCUCCUAAUGCCCUCUUCCUGCCAUGGAAAGCACAAUGGAGGAUACACUGAAUCUUCCCAUGGAGUAAUGGAAUAAGCUCCAUGCAAAUUUUCCUCCUGACCUCCGAGCCUUGACAAGAGGAUAUUACUUCUGGCUUUGGCCUUGCAACCAGCCUGCACCCUGCAGCUCAGAGAGAGAGAGAGAGAGAGAGAGAGAGAGAGAGUUGUACUUCGAGACAAUGAGGUGGUGACCUGAAUGCUAGGAGGAAAUCUCUAGGCAAUGCUGUUUUCCUCAUAGGGAGGAAGUGUGAUCUCCUACAGGCAACAAGAGAUUCCUAAGGUGUCUUUUGUUUAAGGCUCAGGGCUUUACCUUCCUAGAUAAAGAGGUCAGUACUGGUCUUAAGAUUACAAUGACUACAUGGUCUUGUUGCAGUUCCGAAGCUCUUCCCUGUUAUUGUUCUUCUUCUUACAGAAAAGAGAAGAUCUCAAACUAGUCAUUUGGAACAAAUCGUCGAGUCCUAUUUUAAAUGUUUGCCUAAAUUAAACUGUUAAUCUCACUUUAUUCUAAUUUUCCUUUUUUCCUUCUUUGUGUCUCCUCCAAUCUGUGUUUUUAGAACCCGGAUAAGGUUCUUUGGAACCUCAAAGCUUCUAUUUAGACUCCCAAGGAUUCCAAACCCAAAGCCUCAGCUCACAUCUCGAUCCUUGGGGUUGGGUAGCUCAAAUUCUGCUUCUCCUUCCUCUACUAAUUUUUUAUUUGGUUUCUUUUGUCCUUGGAACUUUUCCUUCUGGGAUUGAGGUCAAAAAGAACACAUAAAAGAAAGAAAGAAAGAGCACAAAGAUUGAGAGAGAAUGGAUCUUUCUGGUCAUGAAGGAGAGAUCCCAAUCCCAAUAACCAGUGCAUACGUUGGUGGCCAUGGCCAAACCAACAUGCGUGACACCCCCCCCAUCCACCACCCCUCCAAUGGCCCUCCUCCUCCGCCGCCUCCCCUACCCAUUGCCACCACAGAGGACCACCAGCGCCACCACCACGCUACCAACUCCCACAGCACCAAGAAAGGGGUGGCGGUGAGGUACAGGGAGUGCCUCAAGAACCAUGCAGCCUCCAUUGGUGGGAAUGCCACCGAUGGCUGCGGUGAGUUCAUGCCGAGUGGUGAGGAGGGAAGUCUGGAGGCCUUGAAGUGCUCUGCCUGCGGCUGCCACCGGAACUUCCACAGGAAAGAGACGGAAGGAGAGUCCUCAUGCGACUGCUUCCACCCCCUCAGGGGGAGGAAGGUGAUGGGUCAGAAGGGCCUCCUCCUCUCGGGAUCCGAUGCAUUCGGCUACGGCCCUGCGUGCAAUGGCCUCAUUCCAAGGGCAACCCCACACAGCAUGAUCAUGCCUCUGGGUGCCAUCCAGACCUCCGAGUCCGACGAGAUGGAAGGCGUGGGUGGAAUGAUGGCGAGGCCUCUCAUGGUGAAGAAGAGGUUCCGGACCAAGUUCACCCCUGAGCAGAAGGAGAAGAUGCUGAGCUUUGCCGAGAAGGUGGGCUGGAAGCUCCAGAAGCAGGAGGAGAGUGUGGUGCAGCAGUUCUGCCAGGAGAUCGGGGUGAAGAGGAGGGUCCUCAAGGUGUGGAUGCACAACAACAAGCACCACUUGGCAAAGAAGAACCCUCUCCAGCUUGAAUGACCAUUACCUCACUCUCAUUUCCAUGGAUUGUCUUCGUCAUUUCAUGAGCUUUUGUCUUCCUCGGACUUCAUCAAGCUUAGAUGUCAAUCCUUUCAGUGUUAUCCAUGCAUUGUGUUUACAUGAAGGCAGCAGACCUCAAGUUGCUAUC